GAUUUGGAUUAAACUCAGUCUGCGUCUAACCUGAGUAGCAGCGCGCCGAAUACUUGUUGGGUAUUUGUACAGAGACGAUUUCUAGCACAGCUGCAUGGCAUUGAUUGCAGGGAUCCUUCUUCCAGGGAAAAUCGGCAUGAUGAACUGCGUUCUCUUACUAGGACUGCUGGCCACUAUGUCUAGCUGGCUGGUGCAGCGCUGCCGUGCGGAGCAACAACUGACAGCCCUCGAGCGUGCGGUGCAGGAAGCCGAAGCCAACAUGACUGCCAACGUCGUGCGGCUGCCCGCACUCCCGGAGGACGUCGUGCGGCCGCUGUCCGAUGUGGUGCGGACCCGGUUGGCCGGCGUGGCCAUGUUCUUCUGUGAUACCGCCACGCCCGAAUCGGCGCAGCAGAUCAUCUGGCGCCACCAGAACGCCACCAUCCACGCUGACCGUCUGCCGGCCUCCGCCAAAGGCGACAGCUACUACCGGCAGGCCACCAGCGCCGACACCAGCUACUUCUUCAUUCACCGCGUCAGCCGCGACUCGGGCGGGACGGUGGAGUGCCUGCUGCCCUGCGACGGUCAGCUGUGUCAUGUGCGCACGCAUAAUCUGCUGCCGAGAUUGCGCGCCCGCGACGCCUUCCUGGCGCCCCUGCGCAACGUGUCCACGCCGCUGCGCAACUUCUCCAUGACGUGCAGCGGCCGUGUGGACUGCAGCCGGACGGGAUGGGAGGCGCACUUCAUCUGGAAGUACGACGGGCGCUUCGUGGCGGCGCCCUACCACGCUCUGCGCAUCCUCGCCGGCAACUCGCACACCCCCGGUCUGCUGCACAGCACCAUCCACGCCAACGUGUCGGCUCCAGGAGCCCGUGAUACUUUCUGCGCCAGCACGCUGACCAUCAUCAUGAGCCCGGCCGCCAAGCCACCACCAGCGCGGGUAGACUGCUGGCUGCGCACUGAUAUCGGCCGCCACGACUGGUUUGUCCAGUCCGCAUACGUCCAUUUCACGCCGUCGUUGCGAUAAAUCUACAAGGAGGCCUCAUCAUCCGGGGUUUGUCCACCCUAGCACCGUACCACACAUAACGUUGUCCUCGCCUCGACAACAGUCGGCAGCCGUACCGCUCAUCAUUAAUUACCAGGGCACAUAUUUAAUUCAGUCAAAUCUCGCUUUUUGUAGACUGUAAUUAAAUUUUUUUUCAUUAAACUGUAAUUAAUCUUUUCAGCAAACUAUAUGACUGUAUAAAAAAUACAUUUAUUUUCAA